AUGGCACACAAUAUCCCCAGCCAUCAAGUCAAACAAACAGUUUGUAUCUUUUUGAUUGUUUUCACUACCAUUAAAAACGUUAUAUUUCCUAUAGAUUAUGAUUCGGCUCUUCAAAUUGCUGCGGCAGCAUUGGCCAAAAAUACGCCAGGAUCACAAUCAUCCACGCCGAUUUCUUCUGGAAAGGGGGCCAAAUGGACAUACAAAGGUGGUGCACAAAAUCAACGGAAUAAUCAACAAAAUUCAAAAAAACGGUAUCAGCCAUCGUCAACUAAUGCAAAUGCACAAAUUCAUUAUUGUGAAAUAUGUCGAAUUUCAUGCGGUGGACAACAAACAUAUCAAGAGCAUCUUAAUGGAUCUAAACAUAAGAAAAAAGAGCAAGCAUCAAAAUCAAACCAGGAACUACGAAAUAUGAGUACCAAACCUGGUGUUAAUGUAUUACGUUGUGAACUAUGUGACGUCACGUGCACCGCAGCUGAAGCAUAUAAAGCUCAUAUAGAUGGUUCAAAACAUCAGAAAGCUCUAAAACUUCAUCAAAAACUAGGAAAACCAAUUCCAUCAUUCGAACCACAAAUAUUGAAUAGUAAUCUUUCAAACAGUAAACCUGAUAUUCAUGCAACAACACCAGCAGUAAUUCAAGCAAAACCAAAAUUUAUUGUAAAAUCGCCCGUGAUAACUGCUCAGCAACAAGUUAUUCAGCCUGUCAAUUCAGAAAUUGUACCUGUUGAGCAACAACAACAGCCCGCACAAAACAAUGCAACAAGCGAAGAUAAUAAUAGUACACUAGCGAAAUUAUUAGAAAUGAGUAAUGUAAAACCAGUUGGCGUUGAAUAUAUUGAAAUGAGUAAUGAUGGAACAAAACCAGUGAUGUAUCAUUGUAAAUUGUGUGAUUGUAAAUUCAAUGAUCCAAGUGCCAAAGAUAUGCAUCUCAAAGGUCGACGUCAUAGACUUGCAUACAAGAAAAAAGUUGAUCCAAGUCUUCAGGUCGAUAUGAAGGCGUCGAAUUCAAGAACUGGUCGCGUUGCUCGUUCUCCUCAAGGACUACCGCCACCAUUACAACAUUUUCGCAAUCAACCGGUAAAAUAUGCAAACAAUGUAAACAGACCCUCAGUACGGCCUCCAUUUAAUAAUAAUAAUUUUAAUCAAAAUCAGAAUAGUCAAAAUAUGAGAGACAAUCAAUUUUGGAAUUAUCCUGUGAAUGCAAAUCAAUUUGGUUCAUCACACCAAACACACUAUUCUAAUAAACGAUUUGAAACAGAUGAUGAUAAAUAUAUAAUGAUGAAACAUCAACAAAUAUAUCCAUCCGACAAUAUGUUACAUAUGAUCCAACAGUUUGUAUUAGCUACCGAGAAAGCACUAAAAGCUUCUUCUGAUAUAUUACGCACAAAUUCAAUAAAUAAUAAUGAACAAAAUGAUUUACCUAUCUCAUCAAACACACCGGCAUUAAAUCAGGCACCAUUGUUAGGUGUUGCACGUACAGAAAUAUUAUCAAAAGGUUUGCUUAUAAAUACGGAUCAAAUAUUGUCACUUAUUGUUUUAUGCGCAUCAUGGCCAACAAAAGUAUUAUUUAAUAACAUUGCUAGUAUGUUACAAGAAAAUUUUGAAGAAAUUUGGCGUGAUAAAAUAGAUGUUGAAUCGGAUAUUGAAAAUGAACGAAUUUAUGUUAAAUCAAAAGAUGAUUUUAAAUUAAUUAUAUCCAUUGUCUUAACAUCACCAGAAUGUGAAUCGUCAUUGAAUCUAGUAUCAUCACAUUUGGCAAAUACGUCACCAUCUUAUUUAUUAUCAAAGAAAUGUUGUUUGGAUUCAUUAUGUGCCUUGCAUUCUGCAAGAUGGUUUCAGACACGUGUUAGUCAUUUACAACAUGCUGCCAUAAUUAUAAGAAUUUUUCGUUAUAUGACAGAAACGUCAAUUCUAUGGGCAUCACUUAAAUAUGAAGUUAUUGAACUUAUUGUCGAACGUAUACUGCGUGGAACACAUGAUCAACAACAGCAACAAAUGACAAUUAGUUCGGUAUUUAGGCUUGUAUUGGAAUGUUUAUCGUCCGGUUUAUUAUUACCAGAUGGACCAGGUCUAUUAGAUCCAUGUCAAAAAGAACCAAAAAAUGCAUUAGAUUAUCUAACUGUUCAACAAAGCGAAGAUAUAACGUAUGCAGCACAGCUUGCCUUAAGAAUGAUGGCUUUUGAACAACUUCACAAAAUACUUGAUUUGGAAGUUUUAAAAUCGGAAACAAAUAUUGAUGUUGGACGAAAACGACCACAUCCAGAUGAUGAAUUAGCAGAAACGGCAAAUAAAAAACGUAUGGAAGCAAGUGUCGUUUGA